CAAGACACCCAAACUCAAGAAGCUCACUCUUCUGGAAACCCAGCCAGAACCUCCACCCUCGGACACCAUGGUCAGCUCGUGUUGUGGCUCCGUCUGCUCUGACCAGGGCUGUGGCCAAGACCUCUGCCAGGAGACCUGCUGCAGCCCCAGCUGCUGCCAGACCACCUGCUGCAGGACCACCUGCUGCCGCCCCAGCUGCGGUGUGUCCACCUGCUGCCGCCCCAGAUGCUGCAUCUCCAGCGGCUGCAGGCCCCAAUGCUGCCAGUCUGUGUGCUGCCAGCCCACCUGCUCUCAGCCCCGCUGCUGCAUCUCUAGCUGCUGCAGGCCCCAAUGCUGCCAGUCCUCCUGCUGCCAGCCCUCCUGCUGCCGCCCCAGAUGCUGCAUCUCCAGCGGCUGCAGGCCCCCGUGCUGCCAGCCCUCCUGCUGUGGCUCCAGCCCCUGUGGCUCCAGCUGCUGCCACCCCUGCUGCUGCCUGCGCCCCGUCUGUGGCCGGGUCUCCUGCCACACCACUUACUAUCGCCCCACCUGUGUCAUCUCCACCUGCCCCCGCCCCACGUGCUGUGCCUCCUCCUGCUGCUGAUGCCCCUCCCUGCCCCCCCAUCCGUCUCAUCCCAGAAGCAGACCCAGAGCAUCAAUGAGGCACCUGAGGAGGGGCCUUUCCCACCAGCGGUGUGUCCAAAUCCUGGCCUUGGGCCAAACUCUCUCCUUUGUUGACCUUACCCCCAGGGGGACCCAGGGCAUGAAAUGAGGUGGUAUUUACAGCAAGAAAUUAAUAGACUUGCUCCAGUUCUACACCCGACCUUUUGAUUUGGAGGUACCCAGGCUUCCUGACCCAAACACGGAAAUUCCUGCAGGGCCUAUGGGGGCUCUGAUGUCACAGCCUCAGAUCUAAAUGUCUGAGGUCUCCGUCCUGUACUUCCUUUUACAGGGAUGUUUCUGUAUCUUAUAGUUGCUGCUUCCGAAUAAAGCUCCUGGCCUAGAAACACA